AUGGCACGACCGAAGCGCAUCGUCCUCGCAACCAUAGAAGACACCAUCACACCGCCCGAUACGCUCCCUCCUGCGCAUCGCAUCGCGCGUAUCACAAAAGCGGAAGGCAAGAAUCUCUACAACGCUGAGCUACCCGACGGCAAGGCAGUCCUCGCAGAACUAGAAGCGAAAUUCCGAUCGACGGUAUGGAUAAAGCGGGGUAGUUAUGUAGUUGUAGACACGUCGGGGCUGGCGGAUAGGGAGAACAAGCUCGAUGGAGAGAUCGUGAAUGUGGUUCGCGAUGAGAAGGCGUGGAGAAAGAUGAGCUACUGGCCCAAAGAGUUUGCAAAGAAGUCCACGUACGUCGAGGAUAGCGACGAAGAGGAAUCUACCGUCGGAAAGAUGCCGCCUGUCGAUUCGGACGAAGAGUGA